AUGCCUUAUAAACGUGAUAUUCGCAUUAUUUUUCUCUAUGAGUUUAAAAGAGGAACAAAUGCAGCAAGAACAACGCAAAAUAUUAAUGAUGCUUUUGGUGAAAACACUGUCAAUGCAUCAACUGUACAAAGAUGGUUCAAAAAAUUUAGAGAAGGAAAUGAAAAUCUUGAAGAUGAGGAACGAGGAAGACCAAAUUCAGUGAUUGAUGAAGAAGAAUUGAAACGCGUUAUUGAAACCGAUCCUCGUCAAACAGUAAGAGAAAUUUCUGAAGUUUUAGGAGUGUCAAAAUCUUGUGUUUCUAAUCAUCUUGAAAAAAUAGGAAUGUCAAAAAAUUUUGGGCAAUGGGUACCACAUGAAUUAAGUGAAAAUCAAAAAAAUUGUCGUUAUGAAUUUUGCUAUUCUAAUCUUUUGAGAAACAAAAAUGAUCCAUUUUUAGAAAGAAUAUUUGCUUUUGGCGGAAAAUGGAUUUUAUACGAAAAUAGAAAACGUCGUGAAAAAUGGCUAGACAAUGAUGAAGAAGCAAAACAAAUUCAAAAAUCACAUUUACUUCCAAAAAAAAUUAUGAUAACUGUUUGGUGGACUUCUGUAGGACUUUUGCACUAUGAAUUCAUGAAGCCUGGGGAAAUUUUAAAUUCUGAAUCGUAUUGUGCUCAAUUAGAAAAAAUGCACCUGAAAUUUUGUCAGAAAAGACCUAUUUUAAUUCAUAGAAAAGGUCCAAUUUUCCUUCACGAUAAUACCCGUCCAUAUGUUUCACAAAUGGCGUUACAAAAACUAAACGAAAUGAAAUACGAAACACUUCUUCAACCACCACAUUCACCAGAUCUUGAUCCAACAGAUUUUCAUUUUUUCAAGCAUCUAGAUUAUUUUAUAAAAGACAUGGUUUUCAAAGACGAACAAUCAGUAAAAUCUGCUUUUGAAAAUUUUAUCGCCUCCAAAGACACAAGUUUUUAUUCUGAUGGUAUUAAUAAACUUGUUUCACGUUGGCAAAAAUGUGUUGAAUCAGAUGGGUGCUACUUUUAA